AAAAUAAAUGUUUUAUUUAAAAUUUGAUCUGACUGUUUGUGGUUAGCGGGUUUUCAAUCCGAGACGCAACCAGCCGGGAAGGUUCUCAGGGUACAUACUAGGAGGAAAACAGGAAAAGGGGAAAAAAAGCAGAAGAAGUGAUGGGGAAUUUGACUCUCACAAGCCUCAAAAAUUGACAGGGGAGCAUGCUGGGCUUCUCCGGGACAAGGAACACAGGGAACGGAAAGGCCGGGUGACCACAGGCCACAGAUGUUGUUGGAUUCUUGGAAGAUGAACGAAAAAAUGUGUGCGCUGCUGACUUUCCGAGAUAUAAGAAACAAGUAGCACACUCAGGCAGAGUUCAAAUAUUUCAGGUCCCUAACAACAAAAAGAUUUGAUAAGCUUCCAGUGGGGUGAAAAUGAACUUCCUGUCAGCGUUCGUUCGAUUUGAGAACCUCCAUGAGGUUAGAAGAUUGUGCCACUGGGGUCCGAUCAUAGCCCUCUCCGUCAUUGCUAUGUGUUCAACCAUGGCAAUCCUAGACUCAAUCAUCUGGUACUGGCCUCUAGACACCACGGCAGGCAGCAUUAACUUCCUCAUGCUCGUAAACUGGACUGUUCUUAUCCUCUACAACUACUUCAACGCCAUGUUUGUUGGGCCUGGAUAUAUUCCUCUUGGCUGGAAACCAAAAAACCCAAAAGAUACCCAAUUCCUCCAAUACUGCAGGGUUUGUCAAGGAUACAAGGCACCCAGAUCUCACCACUGUCGCAAGUGUAACAGGUGUGUAAUGAAAAUGGAUCAUCACUGCCCAUGGAUCAACAACUGCUGUGGCCACUCGAACCAUGCCUACUUCACCAGCUUCCUGCUGCUGGCGCCCUUGGGAUGCUCCCACGCUGCCAUCAUCUUUGUUAUGACCAUGUACACACAGCUCUACGAGAGGAUAUCAUUUGGCUGGAGUACUGUAAAGAUCGACAUGAGCGCUGUUCGCCAGUUUCAGCCCCUCAUGCCCUUCAGUGUGCCCGCCUUUGCUGCCACACUCUUUGCCUUAGGUUUGGCAUUGGGCACUACUAUUGCAGUUGGUAUGCUUUUUUUCAUACAGAUGAAAGUCAUAUUGAGAAAUAAGACCUCAAUCGAGUCCUGGAUUGAGGAAAAGGCCAAAGACAGAAUACAGCACUACCAAACCGGGGAGGAGUUUGUCUUCCCUUACGACCUCGGAAGCCGCUGGCUGAAUUUCAAGCAGGUUUUUACAUGGUCAGGGACACCCAGGGGGGGUGGCAUCGAAUGGCCCGUUCAUUCCAAGUGUCACCAAUACACCUUAACUAUCGAGCAGCUGAAACAAAAAGCUGAUAAACGAGUGAGAAGCGUUCAAUACCAGGCAGUGGAAGACUACAAUGGAGCCUGCUGCCCUCUGAACAAGGGUUUUCAAACUUUUUUUAGAACUCCCUGCACAGAGGAGCCCAGAAUUCCCCUCAGGAAGGGAGAAACGAUCCUAGCAACCCGUGGAACCAAAUGGUGGAUGUAUGGAGAUAAAAUUGUGAGUGAGGAAGAAAUGAGAGCCGGAGUUCGUGUCCGAGGUUGGUUUCCAAGGCGAUGUGUGGAGAAGUGCCACUACGACACAGCUGCCAAUGAAAGCACCAGCGAUAAGAAAGUCAAUUAAUGCAUGUGGACAGCUUUUCUUUUUGACUAAUAGGAGGUUUAACUGAAUACAAGAUGUCUGUCUAUGUUCAUAAAUUUAAGUUUUAGCGACAUUGUGCCUGAUGCUACAGGCUUAUUAUGUGUAAUGAUUGGUUAAAUAUUCCCAUGCAUUAUAGUUAUUUUUUUAGACAGGGGGAAAGGCUUAUUGAGUAUUUAUCUGUCAAAUAUCUUAAAGGGUGUAAUCAUAACCAUGAGGGUUCUAGUUGGGUUCAUCUUGCAGGAUAAAAUGCCUUAACUAUCAACAAUAGCCAACAAGCUUCAGUGUACUUUCUUAAUGAUUUAUGUGACUUUUUACUCCAAUCUGUUC